ACAAUUUUUGCAACAGCGACAAGAAUCAAAUCUUUUUAGUCUUGCUGCAACCGCAUAUCACAAAACAGAGAACAAAUUUAAAAUUUGUCGAUCGGCGCAAAUGAUUGCGAUUUGAAAGUUUAAUAACUUUAACAAAAAAUGUUUUCUACUCAUUUUGUAAUAAAAAAUUUGCAUCUAACGUGAAAUUAUGGGUAAAAUUCGUAGAUGUGUGUACUUGCUCGGUGUGAUAAUAGUGAUUUUGUGUAUAUUCAUGGAAGCCGUUGAAGCGGGCUGGUCUUCUCAAUGUUGGAAGAAGCACAAUUCCGGUUCCAUACAAACGCCAGAUGGCGAAUUCAAGCGGCCUUUUGGUAUCCUUUGCACGUAUCAUUGCAUGCUAUGGUUUCCACCAAUCUAUCCAUAUUGCGAAUUCAUUUUCGAUCUUCGAAUGUCGAGGCAUUUCACUUCUUAUCCUGACUGUUAUGAGAUACGCUGCAAUGAAACCUUCACCUUUAUCGGAGACUAAAAAUAUCGCCGGAUAAUAUUUUAAUACUUUUAAAUAGACUACACAAUUUGUAACUAUAAGUAAAAACGAAUGUACAUAUACACACACAUCCAUAUAAGUAUAUUUAUGUAAUCGCAAAAAUAAAUUUUAAAAACUUGUUGAAA